ACUAGGUCGACCCAUUAAUAGACUCCAGUUUCCCACUCGUUCCGCUCCGCCGGAGCGGCGGAGGCACCGAAGGAAGUCGAUUGAAGAGGGGGCGGAGGACGGGAGGAGGAUGGAGAAGCGGUUCUCUCUCAUUCAAACGCUUGCGGCCGCCGGCGUCUUUUCCGCGGUCUCCUUCUGGUACGGAUUCAUGUUCGGGAGGGAAUCCGCGAGGAAGGAGCUCGGCGGAUUGAUUGAACGCCUUCGUAGCGGUAAUCCUUCGCCAGACGUUCCGGAUUCUUGAGCUUUCCUUUCUUCCUUUACUCUCUCUGGGUUUCACUUACUGCCUUUCUCUUCAUGUGCGAAUCGGUUUGGGGAUUUUUCCCCUUGUCGGAGUAGCGAAAUUUUUUGGGGAUUAGGGUUUUUCUGGAUGUAAAGAUGAACUGAGAAUGGAUCCUGUUUUGUUAAGUAAAAUGCUCCUGAUUGAUUUUC